GGAUGAACCACUACUGUCUACUCUGGUAUGUUCCUCACUCUGAACUUCGUGUGAACUUCUCUGCGUUAGAGACGAGGCGUAGCCGAUAUACCAGUGGUAAGCCAGGGCUAUGAAAUGUUAAAAGUUUCGUCUGGACUUUAUCAUCAUUCUCCGAGCAGAAGAGACGCGAUGCGCCAAGCCCCGGUGUCGCCACUCUACCUAAUUAUAUUACAAAGUCAUCAGAAUGGGUGGAUAUCAUUUCCGUGCCUAGUGCUCCGUUCUGUUUGUCGUAUUGUGAGCUGAAGUUAACGGGUGUUUAUCUCGGCUGUACCCCUCCUCUCCUCCACCCUCCAGAUGUUUGAGGUGAGCUAGCCACAAUGUCGCAGCUGUACUACCGCCGAACCAACAACUCCUCUUACCGGGACCGCAUCCCGUUGCGCAUUGUGCGCGCCGAGUCGGAGCUCUCGGCCCAGGAGAAGUCGUACCUGAGCGCCGUGGAAAAGGGCGACUACGCCAGCGUGAAGCAAGCCUUGGAGGAGGCUGAGAUUUACUUCAAGAUCAACAUCAACUGCGUCGACCCGCUGGGGCGCACGGCGCUGCUGAUCGCCAUCGAGAAUGAGAACUUGGACAUCAUCGAGCUGCUACUCAGCUGUAACGCGUACGUGGGAGACGCGCUGCUGCAUGCGAUCCGCAAGGAGGUGGUGGGCGCCGUGGAGUUGCUCCUGAACCACAAGAAACCCAGCGGGGAGAAACAGGUGCCCCCUCUCCUGCUGGACAAGCAGUUCUCUGACUUCACCCCCGACAUCACACCCAUCAUCCUUGCGGCCCACACCAACAACUACGAGAUCAUAAAGCUCCUCGUGCAGAAGGGCGUGUCAGUGCCCCGGCCGCACGAGGUGCGCUGCAACUGCGGGGAGUGCGCGUCCAGCUCCGACGUGGACAGCCUGCGGCACUCGCGCUCGCGCCUCAACAUCUACCGGGCGUUGUCCAGCCCCUCGCUCAUCGCACUGUCCAGCGAGGACCCCUUCCUCACCGCCUUCCAGCUGAGCUGGGAGCUGCAGGAGCUCAGCAAGGUGGAGAAUGAGUUCAAGGCGGAGUACGAGGAGCUGUCGCAGCAGUGCAAGCGCUUCGCCAAGGACCUGCUGGACCAGACGCGCUCGUCGCGCGAGCUGCAGCUCAUCCUCAACUUCCGCGACGACCUCAGCCUGCUGCAGGACGAGUCCGGCAAGGACCUGGCGCGCCUCAAACUCGCCAUCAAGUACCGGCAGAAGGAGUUUGUCGCUCAGCCCAACUGCCAGCAGCUGCUGGCGUCACGCUGGUACGACGAGUUCCCCGGCUGGCGCCGCCGCCACUGGGCCGGCAAGCUGGUCACGUGCGUCUUCAUCGGCCUCCUCUUCCCCGUCCUGUCGCUCUGCUACCUGGCGGCGCCCAAGAGCCGCUACGGCCUCUUCAUCCGCAAGCCCUUCAUCAAGUUCAUCUGCCACACGGCCUCCUACCUGACCUUCCUCUUCCUCCUGCUGCUCGCCUCGCAGCUUGUUGUCUCCACGGACCCGCGGCGCCAGGGCCCUGCGCCCACGGUCGUGGAGUGGAUGAUCCUGCCCUGGGUCCUAGGUUUCAUAUGGACAGAGAUCAAGCAGAUGUGGGACGGCGGGUUUCAGGACUACAUCCACGACUGGUGGAAUCUGAUGGACUUUGUCAUGAACUCUCUGUACCUGGCGACCAUUUCCCUCAAGAUGGUCGCGUACUUCAAGUACAGUGGAAGUAAACCCAGGGAGAGCUGGGAGAUGUGGCACCCGACGCUGGUGGCCGAGGCCGUGUUCGCCAUCGCCAACAUCUUCAGCUCGCUGCGGCUCAUCUCGCUGUUCACGGCCAACUCGCAUUUGGGCCCGCUCCAGAUCUCGCUAGGCCGCAUGCUCUUGGACAUCCUCAAGUUCCUCUUUAUCUACUGCCUGGUCCUGUUGGCCUUUGCCAACGGCCUCAACCAGCUCUACUUUUACUACGAGACGCCAGCGGAGAACCAUAACUGCUGCAAGGGCAUCCGCUGCGAGAAGCAGAACAACGCCUUUUCCACGUUGUUCGAGACCUUGCAGUCCUUGUUCUGGUCCGUGUUCGGGCUGAUCAAUCUGCACGUGACCAAUGUGGAACCGGAUCAUAAGUUCACCGAAUUUGUGGGAGCCACCAUGUUCGGCACGUACAACGUCAUCUCCCUGGUGGUGCUCCUCAACAUGCUCAUCGCCAUGAUGAACAACUCCUAUCAGCACAUCGCCGACCACGCUGACAUUGAGUGGAAAUUCGCCAGGACUAAAUUGUGGAUGAGCUAUUUCGAAGAAGGAGGCACAUUGCCACCGCCUUUCAAUAUUGUCCCCAGCCCCAAGUCCAUAUGGUACCUCGUCACGUGGAUGAAGAUAAACAUGUUCAAGGGGAAGUCGAAGAGGACAGAGUCUUUUUGUGUGCUAGGGAGAAGAGCAGCUGAAAAAGUCAGACUCAGCCACCAAUAUCAGGAGGUGUUGAGGAACCUGGUGAAAAGGUACGUGGCAGCUAUGAUCCGAGACGCCAAGACGGAGGAGGGGCUCACAGAGGAGAACUUCAAGGAACUGAAGCAGGAUAUCUCUAGCUUCCGCUACGAGGUGCUGCGGAUGAUGAAGGUGAACAAGUCAGGUGUUCCCGGGCCUAAACCGGCUUCAGCUUCCUCGAACGCCUCGCAGCCGGUGCAUUUGGUACCGCGGUCUGCAGCGCUGCAGCAGAUGUGCUUCCCGGGGAGGUGUGAGGUCAUCUCGGGGGAGGAGCCUCCUGGCGGCCUGCCCAAUGGCAUCGCCAUGCCCCUGCCCAUCACACCCACCAAGGAGAAAGCCAGGAAGGGCUUUCCUAAGAACCUAUCUGACUUUGGCUUGUUCCAGGAGCCCGAGAGAUCCAACCACGACUCCAACCCAAGCGACGUCUGCGCGGUCCCGGGAGAAUCCGACGUGGAACUGUCUGAUUGCAGCAUGGAGGAGGAGUGCAAGCAGCCUUUGGCUGAGGCGUACACGGAGGUGGGGAACGUGCCGACGUGCUUGUCCAAAGAAGGAGAGGAAGGAACGGAUGAUCCGGAAGGAAGAUCGGCCACAUCUCUGGCCGCGGACCAGACCCGCUCGCUCUCGCCACCAAACACCUAACGUGGGCAAGUUGUGAUGAGCAAGAUUGCCUUUUUGAGGUCAGAAAUGGACCGGUCCCCACAUCCGUGCACUGUUGCAGGUUGAUGGCUGAGCGGCGCGUGUCAGCUGGCACUUGUCUGACGACGGACACCCUUCCAAAGUCUCAGGGAACAGCCGGAGCCUGUAGCAUUCGCCAGCUCUACCAUGAUGGAUGAGGAUUCCAAUAGUAUUCAUCACAUUUAGCUUCACGACCGACUGCGUUUACCAGUACAUGUCUGUGCAGAACAAUGGAUCCACUAAACAUUGGCCUGCUUCUGUUUUUAAUCUGUACCUUUUCUUCAGGCUUCAUUGUCCAGCAGAAUCUUUCUGGCCCGGUUUCCCAAAAGAAUCACAGCGUUAAAUUCAUUUAAACUAGGAGAGGGAGCGUUUGUUGUAAUGUUCGCUCCACCUCUCAGAGAUGAUCUCUGUCUUGCUGUGCUUUUGGGAAACCCGACCCUGGUUUCUAGGAGAGUCUCUACCCACCCACAGUUUUCCAUCUUCUAGUGACUUCGGUAUUUCCAGUCAGGUAGUGCCGACUUCCAGGCGUAAACGUUUUCAGAGGCAGUCACCUCUCUUCUGCCAACCGUAGCCCGGUAAUCACCACUUACACAGAGGACCGAUUGCUGCUACCUUAGGGUUGUAACUUGGCAUGCUUUGGCUUAUUUUAAAGCAAUAGCCCAUUUGAAAUAAAACAGUCUGCACUGCCUGGUUUUUGCACAGUUCCCUCUCCUAUCUGACUGUAGAGCAAUGAGCAUUUACACAGUCACUAAGCAAACCGGAUGCACAUUUAUUUAUAUAAUCUAUGCAGUUGAUCGGCAGCGAGUAUAUCAGCUUUACCUGCUGUUGUAGUUUGAAACCCUUGCAAAAGUGGUAUGGUUAUGCUACUAAACAGCAGUCAUGUGUUCCCUAAGCACUAAGCACUAAACUUGUAACAUUGUGAAUGGUUUAUACCUAAACUUUCGGAUGGUAAUGUGUGCAUAAUUAUAAUUAUACCUUUGUUUAACAUAUUGUGCAUGACAAAUGUGUCACAUGUACAUUGAAGUAUGGUUAAUGGAAA